ACAUAGCAUCGCACAGAGGAACGUCGUUUAAUUGUAGUUCUGCCGGAAAGAAGUAGAAACCUAUCCCAAAGCCCUGUCUGCACUUCUCUUGGCACGGCGACGUCCAUAGCUGAUACAGCAGACCAGACUACACAAAGUAGGCGGAGGCAGAAGAAGGACAGCGAGAGAGAAUGGUGGUUCGUUUGCGGCUGUCCAGGUUGGGGUGUAGGAACAAGCCCUUUUACAGAGUAAUGGCGGCGGAUAGCAGAUCCCCAAGAGACGGCAAGCAUUUGGAAGUCUUGGGCUACUACAAUCCUCUCCCUGGUCAAGAUGGCGGUAAAAGAAUGGGCAUCAAUUUUGACAGAGUGAAGUAUUGGCUUUCUGUUGGUGCACAGCCCUCGGAACCUGUUCAGCGCCUUCUCUUCCGGGCAGGAUUAUUACCCCCACCACCAAUGGUAGCUAUGGGGCGAAAAGGAGGUCCACGAGACAUGCGCCCAGUUGAUCCAAUGACUGGACGUGUUCUGACACAGGGAAGUCAAGAGACUGUUGAAGUAGAAGAGGAACCUGAAGUUGAUGAAAUUGAGAAGGACGAGAGUUCAAGUUCUUGAUGGUCCUUAAAUCAUAUUUCACCUCUAAGAUAUAAGUUUGUUCUGGGAUUGCUCUGCUUGCAAGUGCUGUAUGUCUUCUUGAUCUUUUGUUUCUAUUGCUUGCAUUGGUUAGACAAACUUUGAAAAGAUGCAUAUUAAGAAAACUAUUCAUUCUGAAAAAAAGGAGUAUAUCUUGUUCUGCAGAAUUAGAUAAAAGGCGGAGCUGCAGUUAAGAUAUAAUUUAACCAAUCUCUUGAAGUGAAGAAAGUUGGAGUUGUUCUAGUGUUUUGAGUGAAACUAUUUCAAUAAUAUCUUUGCUUUAUCAUUGCA